AUGUCGGGCAACAAUCAAUACGAAGACACUGAAUAUGAACUCGCCACCGGGGAAACGGUUUUGUCAGCCAUGGAUCGAAUCCAGCACAUUGAAGACGAACUAGCCAUCCGGGAUCUGGUUGCUCGUUUUGCCAAUGCCUGCAGUCCUCCGGACUAUGAAUCUUUCUCAAAGCUCUGGGUCCCAGACAGCAACCGUAAACCGAUCUGGAUAUUGAGUAAACCAUUUUCCAUGUCCGCCACGGGGGUGAACGAGAUCGUGGACAUGGUCAAAAGGUUACUUGAACCACGAGACUUCUUCGCCCAAAUGGUACACUCAGGUGUCAUCGAAAUCGACGGUGAUCGUGCCACAGGCCGUUGGAUCAUGCACGAGAUCGGCAAAGGACCUGGAGAAUCUUACUACAACAACUUUGCCAUCUACGAAGAUGUUAUGUAA